AACUUAGUAAGAGUUUCAUCUGCAUCUUUUAUCUUUUAUCAGUAAAACAUCAGAUACGAUCGUGAAAGUUUUUUUUUUUUUGAGUGUGGGUUGUAAUCUGUUUCAGGUGAGGCUGUUUUGGGAAAACUCAUUUCAGUGUAAAUUUGAUCCAGCAGAAUGGAUGGAAGCAGAUGGAGCUUUGUGCACUGGAGAUGAAGAUAUUGAGCAGGUGGAUAGUGAGUUUUUGGACAUUUCAAACCUCAGGCCUGAAUACAAUGUUUACAAGGCCGUGUACGCGCUGGCGUACGCCCUUAACGACAUGCUGCAGUGUGAACCAGGAAAGGGACCUUUCAGUGAGAACAGCUGUGCCACUCCGCGAACCCUGGAGCCAUCGCAGGUGUGAUGAUUCAUUCACAAUCCGGUUUCAUAGAAAAGCUGCUUCAACUUCAGGAUGUUGUUUAUGAUAUUUAUGAGAAAAAUCGCCUCAUUCAAUUUUGGCAAAAUUUAACCCUUAAGAGCCCGAGCCCUUUUAACAUAGAAAACAGUAAUACAUACAUCAAAAUUAAUAACAAAAAUUAAAUAAAAUCUUUUAAAAAGAACUUUAAUUAUUUUUGAUACAUGUAUGGCUAGAAUGUCACUUUGGGUUGUGAUACUUGAAUAUGUGACUCAAGAAGCUAUUUAGCAGAUGCUUGAAGUGGGCUGUGAGACCAGGGUCGAGUACAAUCUGCGAAAAACAUGCAACAUGUUUAUGAAGAUGAUCCGACUAUGCUCACCAGAUGAAUGGCCUGACAAUUUUUGAGAAGUGUGUUAGAAUUAAAUCUGAAAUUUCAAAUCUUCUAGCAAACAAGCUUUAAAACGCACACAGUCACAGAACGCUCACCAUACAUGAACCAUGGCCACCGGAAACGGAACCCACAUUGCCAGAGGAGACGACAGCACUAAACACCAGUCGCCGUUUCUUACGUCCAAACAUCUUUUGUUGCCCGCUACUUUAAGUGGCAUUUUUCUAUUUGAUACUCUGUUAAUUUGUCCUAAAGUUGAAGUGGUGGCAGCCGGCUGUUGCUCCUUCUCUGAUGUUAAUGAGCGGCGAACCUCUCACACCAGUGGUGCUCUGGUCCAAAAUGCGUGAGCGCAUAACGAGUGGAGGACCCAGGGAAGUGAGCACGUGUGGAGGCUCGGUGAAACCAACAACCAGAUGGUCCAAUCAUUGCUUUCUGUCCGAGCCGUCUUAUUGGCAAAGGAUUUUAGACUAAUGCAAUUAAUUAAUGUUUAUGCUUUUAAUCUCCACAAUAUAUUUAUAGCUAUACCACAUCAGAGCAUUGUUAAGAGGCAUGAAAAACAUAGGUUAAGCUUGUUUUCCAGAUUUGCCAUAGUAGCUUCAAAUAAGUGACAUGACAAGAGAAAUGUAAAUAUCUUCGAGUGAAGCACACUAGUUUUCUACGGGGUGGAAUAGGUGGGUUUUGUUGUUAGCGUGUCCACAAUUAUAUAGAAAUGUAUCUACAGCCAAAAAGCUGUAGCUCACUUAUUUGUUUUAAAAUGUGUUUUCUUCGAUUGCAGCUUUUACACUAUUUGCAAAAGGUUAACUUCAGCACUUCAUUCGGUGAUCGGGUGUCAUUUGAUGAGAAUGGUGAUGCCCUACCGAUAUACGAUGUCAUGAACUGGCUGGUGCUUCCUGAUGGGAGGAUUAAAGUUCAGAAUGUUGGUGAAGUUAAAAAAUCUGACUCGGGAGGGGAAGAGCUCACCAUCGAUCAAAAGAAAAUCUUCUGGAAUACCGUUUCUAAAGAGGUGACUCUUCAUUUUAGAGUGCUUUUUUUAGAUAGGUUAAUAAAUAAUGGUGGAUUAUUUUUUUUCUUUUCAUAGCCACCUUGUUCUGUUUGCAGUGAACAUUGUUCUCCAGGUACUCGCAUGGCCAGAGAAAAGGGACAACCUGAGUGCUGUUUUAUUUGUGUCGCCUGCUCUGAUGGAAAGAUCAGCAACAGAACUAGUAGGUAUUAAUGUGGGAUUGCUGAACAUUAUGGAAGUCUGUUUCUUGUUUACUACUGUGUCAUAUUUGUCAGACGCUCCAGAGUGUUUCCGCUGUCCAGAGGACUUCUGGUCAAAUCCCUCUCGGGACCAAUGCAUUCCUAAGAAAACCGAGUUCCUCUCCUAUCAAGAUCCUCUGGGAAUCUGCUUGACAACAACCUCGUUGUUGGGUGCAUUCAUCUGUGCUGUUGUUCUGGGGAUUUUUAUUUAUCACCGUCAAACACCUGUAGUAAGAUCCAACAAUUCUGAACUGAGUUUUUUGCUCCUCACGUCCCUCAAACUGUGCUUCCUGUGUUCACUGCUGUUCAUCGGACAACCCCAACUGUGGACCUGCCAGCUGAGACAUGCAGCUUUUGGCAUCAGCUUUGUUCUUUGUGUUUCAUGCAUCCUGGUGAAAACCAUGGUGGUUCUGGCUGUGUUCAAGGCUUCCAAGGCAGGUGGUGGAGCCAAUCUCAAGUGGUUUGGAGCUAUGCAGCAGAGAGGAACAGUUUUAAUGCUCACUUGCAUUCAAGCAGCAAUCUGCACAGUUUGGCUCAUCUCCUCGUCACCAGCUCCAAAUAAAAACACUCAAUACUACAAUGACAAGAUAGUUUAUGAGUGUGAAGUUGGUUCCACCGUUUUCUUUUCCGUGCUUCUUGGCUACAUCGGCUUACUGGCUACUCUUAGCUUUCUUUUAGCAUUUUUGGCGAGAAAUCUUCCAGACAACUUCAACGAGGCCAAACUCAUCACUUUCAGCAUGUUGAUCUUCUGUGCCGUGUGGGUGGCCUUUGUUCCUGCUUACAUCAACUCUCCAGGAAAAUAUGCUGAUGCAGUGGAGGUGUUUGCCAUCCUGGCCUCCAGUUUUAGUCUCUUGGUGGCUCUGUUCGGACCCAAAUGCUACAUCAUCCUGAUGAGACCAGAAAGGAACACAAAGAAAGCUAUCAUGGGGCGAAGCAGCAAUUUUUAAGAUACUUGAAUUUUUCUGUUCAUCUUUGUGUUUUUCGCAAACCGUGCUAAUCAACCAAUUUCAAUAAAGAGCUGCUUUAAACAUUAUAUCUCUGUAUAUUAAAUUAUCCUAAUAUUUGUGUUGUAUCGCAGCUGCAUCUUCACUUGCUGGGAGUUACAUGAAACUACUAGUAUGAUGUUUACAAGAGUUUUGUAGUCUUUUAGUAUAAGACUACUGGGGCGACGGUGGCACAGGAGUUAAGUGCUCGCCCCGUAAUCGGAAGGUCGCAGGUUCGAGCCCCGCUCAGUCUGUCGCUGUCGUUGUGUCCUUGGGCAAGACACUUAACCUACGUGGCCUGCUGGUGGUGGUUGGAGGGGCCGGUGGCGCCAGUGCUCGGCAGCCUCGCCUCUGCCAGUGCGCCCCAGGGCAGCUGUGGCUACAUCGUAGCUCAUCCCCACCAGUGUGUGAAUGUGUGUGUGAAUGGGUGAAUGACUGAUUGUGUUGUAAAGGGCCUUGGGGGGUUCCAGGACUCUAGAAGGCGCUAUAUCAAAUACAGGCCAAGACAACUUCCACAAAAGGACUAACAAAAAGGUAACAGAACAGCAGCAAGUUGAAAAAAUUUAAUAUCUUAGAAUAAACUUUAAUAAUCCUACGAUGUGGAAAUUCACGUGCUUCUUCCUGGACUAUCAAGCCCACAAAACAAAUACAAGAAAAACACCCAACAGCCCCUCGUCAUAUAUUGAGGUUUAG